ACCAGCUGUUUUGGGUCCCAUGUCUGUCAUGUGAUAUUCAUUGCUCGAGAAAAUCUUUCGCGAUCGGAGUUUUGUGCCUUUUUUAUUAUUUCCAUUCCAUUCGACUAAAUAGCCUAGUCUUCAAAAUGACUGUUCCUGAUUAUGUGCCUCCAGUGGUUAUCACCUGCAUUUGGGGAUUCAUUGGCAUCAUCUGCCCCUUCUUUGCUCGUGGCCCAAACAAAGGAGUGACUCAAUGCUGCCUUAUGCUAACCGCAGUAACAUGUUGGCUGUUUUGGCUGUGCUGUUACAUGACGCAGCUGAACCCUCUGAUUGGCCCCAAAUUGAGCAUGAAUGAAAUCAUGAUUAUGGCCCGCGAAUGGGGAAACGAGAUCAAAGACACAAUGGAUGUCACUGUGUAAAAUAAUUAUUUCACACAUGUUUUGUUAUUACAUUUUCUGUUCUUGCAUUCUUUAUAAUUAAUUUCGUUCAAAUCAUACAAUAAAGGUAUUAUCACAGUAUGCGAAAA